UCUCAUACAACAACAAAUCAGAGAUAGGCUUUAUUUGAACUAGGAUUCUGAAGGAGGUUAUAUUAUUGUCAAGAGAAAGGCUAAAUUAGAGUUUCUAGAGAGGCCAAAUUUGGCUUGUAGUGGCUUGAAUUUGGAAAUUCGGGAUCUAUAAAUAUGGAUAAGUUGAAGUUGGCUGCUUUGGGUGAGCGUUUGAAGGUUGGGGGUGAGCGUUUGAAGAUUGGGGGUGCUCAAGUGAGUCGGUCAAUUAGUGAAAAAAUGAAGGAGAUUCUGCAAGGCCCAACGCAGGAAGCAAAAAUGGUCGAUGAAGCUACGUCAGAAAGCUUGGAAGAGCCCAACUGGGGUUUAAAUCUGCGGAUCUGUGCUUUGCUUAAUGCCGAUGAACUGAGUGGGCCAGAAUUAGUGAGGCAAAUAAAGAAGAAGAUUGCUAGUAAGAACACAGUGUGCCAGAAAUUGAGCCUUGAUCUGUUGGAGACUUGUGCUAUGAAUUGUGAUAAGGUGUUCUCGGAGAUUGCAUCCGAAAAGGUUUUGGAUGACAUGGUGAGGAUGAUUGAUAAUCCACAGACACAUUACAGUAAUGGGCAGAGAGCUAUGCAGCUUAUUCAGGCAUGGGGCGAGUCUGACGAACUUGGUUACCUGCCUGUUUUUCACCAGACUUAUAUGAGUUUGAAGGCAAGAGAAACACCAUUUUCCAUUCAAGAUGAUGGGAAUUCGGUGCCCAUAUUUUCUUCAAUGGAGUCGGCAGUUGAUCAGGAACCACUACCUCUUCCUGACGCAUAUCCUCACUCCAACAUGGAUGACCACAUUACGGAUCAGCAUCUCCUUGCCCAUCAUAGUGUCACCCUUUCAGCAGAAGAAAAGAAAGAAAUUCUUGUUGUCACUCGAAACAGCAUUGAACUUCUUUCUUCCAUGUUGAAUUCUGAGAACGAACAGAAGCACAUUAAGAUGCAGGAUGAUCUGACAUUGAGCAUGCUAGACAAGUGCAAGGAGUCGCAGCCCAUCAUACAGAGGAUCAUUGAGACCACCACCGACGACGAGGGGAUGCUAUUUGAGGCUCUAAAUCUUCACGAAGAGCUCCAAAACAUUCUUUCCAUGAAUGCAGAGAUCGAGGACGCAGCUCCACCAGUUUCGGUUCCAUCAGAUGCACAGACCCCAGACACUUCCGUCGCUCCCGGCAAUUCUAUCGGUCAGGUCACUGCACCGGAAAAGGAGGGUGAAAAGCUCAUUUCCUCUGCAGCAGAGAGUAGUAAAAUCAGCAGUGGUUCCUAGAAAUCAAGGAUUUCCAUUAUCAUAGAAUGCUCAGGCGGAACGCUUGUAGUACUA